AUGUGCAUUAAAGGACAUAUCCCGACUCCAAGGUUCUUGUUUAUGGUUUGAAGGCAACUGGUAGUAGGUGAGGAGUGAGAGGAGCCUUGGAGGUAGUUAGUGGGCAGGUAAGUCCUUACUCUGAAAGAUUACAGAAAGCUGGUGUUAGAGCUGGUAAGUAGAGCUGAAGGUUUCCACAGGUAACAGGUUUCCAGAUAUGCAAGAGUUCUGUGAUGGUGUGGAGCAGGUAACUAGGAGAAGUAAGACAAGACUGGCUUAGAACAAACAGGUACUUGCAAGCAACAGGUAACAGAGAUGGCCUAAUAGUCACCAUAUACCAAGAACAAUCUAGGAGAAAACUGUUGCAACCUCCAGCUUGAUAUACACCACAGCUAGGCAAGUGUAGGAAGGAUUGUUUCAGUUGAGAGACUCCACCCAGGGGCGGAGCAGCAGAGAGAAGCCAGCCCACAAACUCCACCUGAGUUUUAAAGGCAAGGAGAAGUUAACAUAAGAACAUAUUUCCAGCCUGCUGCCCUACAACACUCUCAAACCAAAAGGAAAAAAUGGCACUGCAGCACAUCCACCAACUUUGGAGUGUCCUCAUCCAUACAUAAUUACAUUUCCGUUUAGGUUUCUGUUUUUACAAAGCAAAGCAGAGAUGUGGAGCUUUCAAAACCUGCUGUUGACCAUCUGUGUUGCUCUGAGAUGUGUGAUCAGUGCAGUGGGGAUGAUCCAUGUAACUGGAUAUGUGGGGAGAGAUGCUAAUGUCUCCUGCUCCUAUGAUCAGAAUUAUGUAUCUCAUGAGAAGUACCUAUGUAAGAACGACUGUGGCAACAGUGAUGUUCUCAUUACAACAUCACAAGCGAGCAAAACCAAAUACUCAAUUUAUGAUGACACCAGUGCACGAAUCUUCACAACAAGUAUCUUUGAUCUUCAAUAUACGGAUGCUGGAAAAUACUGGUGUGGAGUGAUGAGAACUGGAAAAGACAUCUACACUGAAGUCAAGCUGAAAUCAGUACAAGACAGCUGCUGUGACACUGUGACCAAAGUUCAAAGUUAUGAGGGACACUCUGAGUCUGUCAGUUGUUGGUAUGAGUCUCAGUACCAGAACAGCCUGAAGUACAUCUGCAGAGGAAAUCAGCCCUCCACAUGUCUGCAGCAGGCACUAAUCACCUCUGACACCAAACAAAAUGCACGAUUCAGACUUGAUGAUGACAAAGUGUUAGGAACAUUCACAGUGAACAUUAGCAGUUUGACUCGUAAUGAUUCAGGGUCAUACCUCUGUGGUGUCCACAGAAGCUCUGAGCUGGAUGUUUUCUCUGCUGUUGAGCUGGAAGUUGAAGAGUGGUGCUGUGUCAAAUCAACUAAAAUAAAUGGUACUGCAGGACAUCCACUAACUUUGCAGUGUCCUUAUCCUCCACAACACUUGGAUAACAGGAAGUUCCUCUGUAAGGGAGACCACCGCAACAACUGCACAGACAUCUUGAGGAGUCGAAGCAGGUUCACACUGCAAGAUGAUGCUGCUUCCAGCUCUUUCACAGUGAGGGUCACAGAACUGGAAGCAGCUGAUGCUGGAACAUACUGGUGUGGGUCAGACUCACAGUGGAGAGUUGGAAACUACACCAAGAUUCAGCUUUCAGUUGAUGCAGGACACUAUGUGGGUUACACUGUUCCUCCCCUCCUGCUGCUACUGAUGUGCGUCUUUGCGGUUUUAGUUUAUAAGUGCAAACAUCAGAAAGCAAAAGACAAUGAAACUGUCAUGAACAUAAAUGCACAGAACGAAGACGCUUUAGAGGAAGUGAUGCGUGUGGCAGAAAAUCACAUUUAUGAAAGUCAAGAAGUUGUGAUAUACUCAAAUAAGGAGACGGCCGAACUGCAGAAUGCCGGUAAUGACUAUGAAGAUUUAGGUGAAGAUGAACCAGACUUAAACGUCACAACUGAAGAAAUCUUCUGUAAUGGAAAUUUCCAUAUUGCCAAUUGAAGAUAAACAGUGUGUGCAUUUGAGGUCAAUCUUUGGCUCUCACCUGUAUGAUCAUCCUGUUUAAUUUGUCUUUAACAUUAACAGUUACACAGCUAAUCUUAAUGUACCAUAAUCCAGGCUUCUCACUCUCUCACUGAAAACGUUGAGAUUUUUGUUUAACCAUGACAAAGAGCUGCUAUUUAUACAUAUAUAGCUUCACUUCUUACUCAUUUGCUAUUACCCUUUCUUUCAUUUUUAUUGCUUAGUGUUAGCAACAUAAUCUACACUGAUUUUCUGAAACUGUGGGAAACCUCAAAUGCAAAUGACUAACAUCAAUGUAAUGUAAAUAAAUCUGCAAAUUAAAAUAAAACUUUAGUCAUUCUUGUCUGUUUUUGCCCCAUUUAAACAUAAACAGUCACAUUGUCAAGUCCAGUUAUUUUUAUGAUACGUUUAUAUUUGUUGCAAUUAAACAUUUAUAACAAAGGCAGUUACUGGAUAUGAUUUUACAGAUAAAGGGAAACACAGUGUUUAUUCUAGUUCCAUACAUUGGAUGGAACCAUCAGAUGUAUGUAACAGUGUAGCAGUUUUCACUUUAGUGUAAUCACAGUACUGUCAUGCAAAACUUGGAUUUAUAAUUAGUUUUUUAAAUAUUAUUGGUUUAAAUUUUUGCACUUUUAUAGUUGAAUGCUGUGUGCCUGUGGCUUUAACUUUGUUGUGAACUCUGUACUAUUUAUAUUCUUUA